AUGUUGAUUUGUGAUUACUCAGUUUCUCUGGAUCAGUACAAUAAUAGGGUGGAGGAGCAUUUACGAUUUAUUGGUUUUUAUCAUGUAUCUCAGAUUGGGGUAGUCCAAUGUCAGAAAGUACUGGUGAAUGGUCUAAUCGAAAGGUGGCACCCAGACACACAUACCUUUCACCUUCCGAUUGGUGAAUGUGCUGUGACGUUUGAAGAUGUGGCUAUAAUUCUUGGUCUUCCGACGGACAGUUUUCUAGUCACAGGAAUGACAAUGAGUAGUUUUGAAACCUUGGAGGCGGAGUGUUUACACCAAUUUGGAGUUGCACCGCGUAAGUCGGACUGUAAAGGAAGCUGCAUAAAACUGACGUGGCUACAGGAUUUAAAAGAAAAUUUACAGUUAACUGAUGAAAGCAGUAUACAGAGGUACGUAAAGUGCCACAUUAUAUUGUUGAUCGAAACGAUCUUGUCUGGAGACAAGUCUGGGGCAUCUGUCCACUGA